AUGGCUGGGUGGAACGCCUACAUCGACAAUCUCAUGGCGGACGGGACCUGUCAAGACGCAGCCAUCAUGGGCCAUAAGGACUCGCCCUCCGUCUGGGCCGCCGUCCCCGGCAAGACCUUCGUCAACAUCACGCCUGCUGAGGUCGGUAUCCUAGUUGGCAAAGACCGGUCAAGUUUUCUCGUGAAUGGGCUAACGCUUGGGGGCCAGAAAUGUUCUGUGAUCCGGGACUCACUGCUGCAGGAUGGAGAAUUUACUAUGGAUCUUCGUACCAAGAGCACCGGUGGAGCCCCAACUUUCAACAUCACUGUCACCAAGAUUGCCAAGACGCUAGUCCUGCUGAUGGGCAAAGAGUGUCCACGGCGGUAUGAUCAACAAGAAAUGUUAUGAAAUGGCUUUUCACCUGCGGCGUUCCCAGUACUGACCUCGUCUGGCCCUCCCCUCACCACUCCCCACUGCUUUUGCACCCCUCUCCUUCCCA